CAAUCAAUAUUUAGAUUUUAGACUUCUCUCUUCCGUCUUCUUCUCCAGCUAGACCACUGGUUUUCGGUCUCCGACAACAGACCACAACCUAUAGCCCACAGCUUCUCCAAAAACACACUCCACACUCUCAGCUCCCCACCACUCUUUUAUAACGUAUUUGUUUUCCUCUGAGGAAUAAAGAGAGAGAUGGCGCCUUCACUAAAACUCGGCGCUUUGGUGAUGGUGAUGGUGGCGGCGAUGGCGUUUGUAUCGGAAGCCCGGGAGCUUCGGCCGUCGGAGCACGGUCUGGAGUACACGCCGGCGGGGAAUACAUCUGCUGCGCCGGCGGAGGCGAAGUCGUUCUUCAGCGGAGGAGGAGGAGGAGAGUCGGGGAGUAGUAGUGUGGCUCUGCCGAAGGCGAUGAACUCGAACGAGACGACGUCGUGGUGGGAGGGAGUCAACGCGCGUGGUGGCGGGAAGAGGGAUCACCACGUGAGGGAUGUGCUGGUGGUGGUGAGCUUGGUUUGUGGGAUUACAGGUGUCGUGCUCUUCGUGGCGUCGGCGUUUGUUUAUGUAUUAAGGUACCGCCGGAAACCAGAAGCUUCUUCUUCACCUUCUUUGUGAAACCUUAUUGAUCAUGAUGAUCAACCGGGUUUGUCUUCUUCUUCUUCUUCUUCUUCUUCUCUGCUAAUUCUACGUACGCUAUGAACUUAUGUAAAUUAAUUAGUUAAUGGGUAGAAGAGGUUUUGAGCCAUUUGAUUAUGUCCCAUUUGAUGAUGAAUUCUUCGAAUUUUGGUAUGUAUCACAUCAGUUUGAUGUUCAGGGAAAGUUUUCUGAAGUUGAAAAUCUUUACUAAUAUAUUGUUGGAAAGAAAUUGCUUCA